AUGCCUCCUCCGCCGUCCAGAAAGCCCGAGACUGGCGCUGCGAACAAGGAAGAAAAUAUCUACAUACCCUCGUUCAUCAGCAAAAAGCCCUUUUAUGCCGGCGAUGAUGACGACGAUGGAGCUGAUUACUUAAGGCAUCAGCGUCGCGAAGAAACAAAAGAAUCAACAAAAUGGUACGACCGCGGCAGAAAGGCAGGCCCAGCCGCAACUAAGUAUCGCAAAGGUGCCUGCGAGAAUUGCGGCGCCAUGACACACAAGGCAAAGGACUGUUUGAGCCGGCCACGCGCAAAGGGAGCGAAAUGGACUGGCAAGGAUAUUCAAGCCGACGAAAUCCUCCAAAACGUCAACCUCGGCUGGGACGCCAAACGAGAUCGCUGGAACGGCUAUGAUGCCAAAGAAUACAAACAUGUGGUAGAUGACUUCAACGAAAUGGACAAACUCAGGAAAAUGGCACAAAAAGGCGCUGGUGUAGAGGAUGAAGAAGACGACGGCGACAAGUAUGCGGAAGAAAACGACAUGAGCAAGCACCAGAGCACAGCUACACGACAGCUGCGUAUACGAGAAGACACCGCUAAAUACUUGCUGAAUCUGGAUCUCGAAUCCGCCAAGUACGACCCCAAGACACGAUCGCUCGUCGAUGGUGGUGCAACUGCCGAUAAAGCCGCGGAUAUGUUUGCUGAGGAAGGGUUCAUGAGGUCGUCUGGUGAUGCGGGUGAAUUCGAAAACGCUCAACGACUUGCAUGGGAGGCCCAAGAGAAAACUGGCGACACUUCCCUGCAUAUGCAAGCCAACCCAACAGCCGGAGCCUUUCUCCGCAAAAAGGAAGCUGAGGAAGAGGAGAAAAAGCGAGCCGAGAGAGAAAAGCAGCUUCAAGACAAGUAUGGUGUCGGAGAGCAGAAGCCUAUACCAAGCUCUUUGCGCAACAUGAUGAUUACGGAGUCUGAAACCUUUGUCGAAUACGACGAGACAGGAUUGAUCAAGGGCGCACCUAAAAAGAAGGCCAAAUCCAAGUACAAGGAGGACGUAUUGAUCAACAACCACACGUCGGUAUGGGGAAGUUGGUGGUCAAGCUUCAAAUGGGGUUAUGCUUGCUGUCACUCUUUUGUGAAGAACAGUUACUGCACUGGAGAAGAAGGCAAGUCAGCCUGGGAGGCCUCGGAACGGCAACGCGCAGGCGCCAAUCUCGGUAACGGUGACAUCGAAGAGACAGCGGCGGCGGACGACAAGAAGCCUGACGUCGAAGCGCAAGAAGAUAAGAAAUCCAACAAGAGGACCCGAGAAGAAAUGCUGAACGGUGUCACAGAGGAAGAGAUGGAGGAGUAUCGCCGCAAAAGAACCGUGGCGGCAGACCCCAUGUCGAAAUUCCUGGGUAAAGACGAGCUAUUAUAG